AUGAGAACAACGACCAGGGGCGGGGCAGGGGGGGGGGGUGACGACGACGACAACAGUAACAACUACAAACAAGUGAAUGACGUAAAUCACACAAAUGAACCCGACGUUGAGGGAGAGGAAGGGGGGGGGGCGAGGCAGGAGGCAAGGACGAGCUUUUCAGCUUUUCUUUUUACGGUUGCUGUCCUCGGUUGCCGGCAAGGUGUGUCGGGGGACGUCAAGGGCGCCGCCAAGAGGAAGAAGGAGGGCGAGGAGGACGCCCCGGCUGGAACGGGCACCGCCGCCGACGCAGAGGGAUCCACAGACCGCAAGAAGAAGAAGGCGAGGACGACCUUCACGGGGCGCCAGAUCUUCGAGCUCGAGCGGCAGUUCGAGGUCAAGAAGUACCUGUCAUCCUCGGAGCGCGCGGAGAUGGCCAAGCUGCUCAACGUCACCGAGACCCAGUACACAAACCGAGAGCGAAGCACUGAGUUUAACGGCCUGUGCGCCUCUCCCGAGCUUAUUCCCAACAACCAAUAA